AUGCCUGCUCUAGACGUCACGCAACACAGAUACUUUACUUUGGUCUCUGUUCUGAUCCUGGUCCUCGCGCUCUUUCCAGGCGUGCCGCAAUACCUUCUAGGCCUGCCUUACCAUCUACUCACUUUACCCUUCAGGAACACGAACAACCCACCAGUCGUUGUCUAUUGUCCCGCAGGGUGCGUUCCGCACAAUACUUACGACGACAUGUCCACAUCGUGGUUUCAGAAGACCUUCACACUGCCCUCAAAAUCACGCGGCUCGUAUCUCAUCACGGAUCAUGUGGUGUCGUCGGUACCCGAGAUCAAGGACUACAAAGUCGGGUUGCUCAAUCUCUUCAUCCAACAUACAUCGUGUGCACUAUCGUUGAAUGAGAAUUGGGACAGUGAUGUGCGGGAGGAUAUGAGCGAUGCCCUGGACAGAAUAGCUCCCGAAGAUAGGAAAGGCAACCUAUACAGACACUCCGCGGAAGGCUUGGACGAUAUGCCGGCACACAUAAAGUCUGCGUUGGUUGGUGCAAGCGUGACAAUCCCAAUCACAGAUGGGACCCUGAACACUGGCACCUGGCAAGGCAUAUGGUAUCUGGAGUUCCGGGCGGCGAAGCAUUCAAGAAAAGUAGUUGCAACAAUCCAGGGCGAGAAAAGAUGA